AUGAUUGCUGCUAUUAUCUUGAUCCCAUGCUUGGUCCUGUUGGGCUGUGCGCUCACGCCAAAGGCCCCUACUAUGAAGGGUGUCCCUGGUAGCUGGACUGAUCUUCUUCUUGCUGGUUUCGGUACCAAAUUCUCCUUCCUUCGCGGCCGCAGCGCCCACAAGUUCAACGACUUGCACUUGAAAUACGGAAAAAUUGCCCGCUUCGCCCCCGGUCAAGCGACAACAAACACCGUCAAAGCCCUUCGAAACAUCUACGCCUCCGUCGGCAAAGGCAGCGUCUUCCUCAAAUCCCCCUUCUACAAAGGCAUCUCCCGCCGCAACAUCUUCACAGCUCAAGACCCAGCAUACCACGCCACCGUGCGCAAGUUGUUCAGUCCAUCUUUGAGCCCGGGCAGCGUCCAAGCGCACGACGGCGUCAUCCGAGACUGCGUGCUCCGUUUGCACGAUGCCCUGAAAGUUAGACUCCAGCGCAAUGACACGCUCGUCCUGAACGACCUGUACUAUUGUCAUGCGGUGGAUACCGUCUCCGAAGUGCUUCUCGGUAAAUCGCUGGGCUGUCUGAACCGAGGACGGCCCUACUUCUGGACUGAGCAACUGCCGCGAAUCUUCUUCUGGGCUACUAUAAGGGACCAAUUCCAGGGCUCAGGAGUGCCCACGGUGAUCAAGUGGCUUCUGCGCAGAUUUCUUCGCAAGGGUAUCCGAACGAGGGCCGAAGAUGCCCGCAUGCGUCUGAUUAACGAACAACUCCGGGCCGAACACACGAGGCGGGACAUGAUGGUCGAAAUCAUGGAACGAGCACCCACCACCGAUUUGCCCGAGACCGAAAUUGCUGAAAACUUUUCCGCAAUUAUGUUGGCUGGCUUCCACACGACCCAGAAUGCGCUUUGUGCGGCGAUCUACUUUGUCCUGACCCAUCCCGAGGCCCAUGCCAAAUUGAAGGCAGAGUUGGACAGUGUCUACUCCGCCCCGAAGGACAUUGAUGGGCAGGUGCAGAAGCUUCCGUACCUUAAUGCGGUAAUCACUGAGGCUAUGCGGUUGUAUCCACCCGUGCCGGUGGGAGGACCCCGUGUGUCGCCCGGAGCAUAUGUGGAUGGCACCUACAUCCCGGCCGGAACUGAAAUCUGCAGCUCACUGUUCGCCCUUCACCACAACCCCGAAUACUUCAACGCCCCAUACGAGUUCAUCCCCGAGCGCUGGACAGACCCCAGCAACACUGACCGCAAAGAAGGAGUGCAGGCAUUCCUGGUCGGUAGCCGGUCUUGCGUUGCCAAGUAUUUUGCGAUGCAGAUGAUGCAGUUUUCGCUGGGUGCGUUCUUCCUGGAGUUUGAUGGCCAGUAUGUGGGCCGCGUCAAGGAUUGGCAGCGACAGAGCGAGUGCUAUGCCUUCUGGGAGGUUCCUGACCUGCGGGUCAAGAUGAGUACACGGGAGUAA